UGAUCCAGAAACGUGUGAGUUUGAAGUGGUUCCCUGUUGGAUUUAAUAUGUGGCACUGGAUGAUCGUAUGUUGGAUUAAAAGGAGAGCACUUUCUAAUGAAAAAAAGAACAUUCUCAUUGGAUUUUGUUUCAGUGAAAAGAGAAAAGCAACAGAAGAGGGGUGCGGGUGGGGUCUGCCCCGUGAAGCUGAUGAAGUGUGAAGUUUGUUAAUAAUGUAUAAGGUUUUCAAAAUUGAAUUCUGAAAACAUUAGCUGCUGGGAAAAAAAGAGAACGAAUGACACCGAACAGAGUGUAUAUUUGACAGGUGACAUGAUUCUUUUUCAUGUAAUUGAUUUGCUUUGCCAUUUGUUUCUCUAUUUAUUUCACCCGUUUUUUGGAGCAUGGGAGGCAAGCUACUGUGAUAGAUGAACCCCGUGAAGUUCAUUCCACACCCCCACCCCCACACCCCAUCCGUGCUGCUGGGUAGCCUCAGGUCCAAUGAACAGCGGCACUUUGCCUGUGCAGAGAAAGUCAGUAUGCUGUCGGCAUUGAUCGCUCCCUUCAAGUACAUGAGCCCUGGGACCAGCACUGAGGACGAGGACAGUUUAAGCACCAGCAGUGCAGAGGUUAAGGAAAACCGUAACAUUGGGAAUUUAGAAGAUUCUGGGGAGUCACAUUUCUGCUCUGAGUCAACCAGAAGUGGAAGUUCUGGUCUGAAGAGAAAACGGCCACUGGAGGAAGACAAAAAUGGACACCUAUGUCAACUCCGUUUGAUUUAUAAGAAACUGUCCUGGUCUGAGGCGCCAAAGAAUGCGCUCAUGCAGCUGAACGAGCUUCGUCCGGGCCUGCAGUACCGCAUGGUGUCCCAGACGGGCCCAGUCCAUGCCCCUGUUUUCUCCAUCGCUGUGGAGGUUAACGGACUGACCUUUGAAGGMACAGGCCCGACAAAGAAAAAAGCUAAGAUGAGGGCUGCAGAGCUGGCUCUCAAGUCCUUUGUUCAGUUCCCCAACACUCCUCAGGCCCACCUGGCAAUGGGAAACAUCUCCAACCCCUCAGCCGACUUCACAUCCGACCAGGCUGACUUCCCCAACACGCUUUUCAAAGAAUUUGAGCCUUCGCCGUGCUCCGACGGCCUCUCGCUCUGCAGCUCAGCGAGCGAGCGCGAGCUGCUGUCGAGCGAGUUGCUCAGACGUGGACGGUUGCUUCGACACACACUGGACCUCAUGGUGCAGGCUCAGCAGAGGCUUGGCGGGAUCGUUCCCGAGCCCGAGGCCCCGAAAAGUCCAGUGGCGCUGCUCAACGAGCUCCGGCCCGGCCUGCGCUACGCCUGUCUCUCGGAGCGAGCAGAAGGAAGGCGGCUGCGCAGCUUCGUGAUGGCGGUGCGCGUGGACGGUCGUAUAUUCGAGGGCUGCGGUCGCAGCAAGAAGCUUGCCAAGACCCACGCAGCCCAGUGUGUGCUUCAGACCCUCUUCAACAUCAGGACAGCCCCUGAGGGGAGGACUGGCCUCAAAACCAGCAGGAAGAGUUGCCCUCAUUUACCCCAGGAYUUUGCCAAUUCAAUAUUCCAGUUGGUGAGGGAGAAGUACCGGUCGCUGGUGGGGGGCUGCAGUCCGGCUCACGCUAGACACAAAUCCCUGGCAGGCAUCGUAAUGACCAGAGUAAAAGGAUAGAGGACUUGGAGGAGUCGAUAUUCGUCCGCCACAAAGAGUGCGGCUACAGGUUGAGAGACAAUGUCCAUUUCCACAUGUACAUCAGCACGUCGCCGUGCGGAGACGGGAGGCUCAACUCRCCUUAUGAAAUUACCAGAGAGCUACACAGCAGCAGACACCUCAUGAGGAAGCACCGGAGCCACCUUCGGACCAAAAUCGAGUCGGGUGAAGGGACGGUGCCGCUGCGGUGCCGGGGGCCCGCCCAGACGUGGGAUGGUGUUCUGCAGGGGGAACAGCUCAUCACCAUGUCCUGCACUGACAAGAUCACUAGAUGGAACAUUCUGGGCCUGCAGGGGGCGCUGCUGAGCCACUUUGUGGAGCCGGUCUACCUGCACAGCYUGACUGUCGGCAGCCUCCGUCACACAGGCCAUCUGGGCCGAGUUCUGAACCAGCGUCAGGAACGUCCGGGCCCGCUGCCUGCUACAUACAGACGCAACCAGCCCCUGCUGAGCGGCCUGAGCAACGCAGAGUACCAGCAGCAAGGGAAGGCUGCAUGCGUUAGCGUCAACUGGACACUGGGCGACUCCCAGUUGGAGGUGGUCAACACGGCGACGGGGCGGCGACGGGAUUCUGGGACACCUUCGCGUCUCUGCAAACACGUCCUGUUCACCCGCUGGAACAGACUCUACCGCAAG